AUGACCUACGACCUCAGCGACACCUUGGCGGAACACUACGAGGGCAUGUCUCCGGCGCUGUCGGAGCUUCUCCACACCUUGACCCCGGGGGUCGCCGGGAAGUUCAUCCGGACCCAAGGCCAAACCCAAGGCAUCAGCGUCACCGACAUGCUGGAUGGGGGCAUCCGGUUCAUUGACUUCCGGAUUAUGUUCACCCCCGGCCCGGACAAAGUUUUCGGGCACGAAGACUGGUACUGCUUGCACGGGUGCGAGAGCCGGCUGAAGGCCAUCCAAUACCUGCAGCAGGUGAAAACUUGGCUCGAGGCGCAUCCGAAGGAGGUGGUCGUGCUGUGGGCUUCCCGCCACGGAAACCCCGAGACCACUGGCACGGACCAGUACCCUGGCACCACGCCCGCACAGCGGCAGAAGUUCUUCGGCCAGGUGCAAGAUGUUUUCGGAGGGCUCCUCUUCAACUCCAGCCAGCGCCUGAAUGAGACUUCCAUCUCGAGCCUUCAGGCGAGCAAUCAGCGCGUGAUUUGGUUCGCCGCGGAUUACGCGGAGAGCACGAAGAGCUCUCCGUUGGCCGUGGACGCCCGCAGCAUCGACAACCAGCUGCUCAGCUCCGGGCGUGGCAGCUCGGCGCUUGGCUCGUGGGAGCUUGAGGCGAUCGAUUAG